AAGCGCCUUGGCGUCUCGGGAGUGGCGCGGCGCUGCUGAUAGGAGCGCUCGCAGACUACGGCAGCGCUUCGUGGGCUUCGGCGUUCGGCCCGUGGGCGCUUCGCGGAGCGCUGUGGCGUCCCUGAAACCCGCAGCACUGGGAUGGGCAGACGACAGGAACGGGAAAGGUGCCCAUGGCGUCGGAGCGGCGCAAGGUCAAGUACCACUGGGGCAGCACGUCGGAAGGGUGUCCCAGCAAGCGCAGCCGCUCCCGGGAGCCCGGCAAUGUGGCCUCCUCCAGCCGACCAGUUCGCAGCUGUGCGUCGCGUCCUCGAGGGGCCAGCAGCCCCCAGCGUCUGAAAGCCCGGCUGGGGAACUAGGUGGCCCGCACGGCCCGGAGCUCAGCCCGCCGCCGCACCUCCUCUUCCUCUUCGUCGUCCUCUCUCUCCUCAGGCUCAGGUGCAGGCGGGGCUGCCUCCCCUGGCUUCCUGAUUGCGAGCCCUCGAAGGUUCCUUACGUCCAAGAGAUCCUCUUUGCACCCUGCCCACUCCUCCCUUGAAGAAAUGGCUUCUCUUCGGAAGGAAGCUUGUAAGGACACCAAUUUUUAAUAUAUAACUCAUGCUUACCUGGAACUCAGUGCCCAGGCUGAUUCACAUUCACAGUGAUCCUCCUACCUUAGCCAAGUGCUGUGAUUAUAGGUGUGUGCCACUGUGUCUGGCCCGAGUUGAUUCUAAAGAUAGUUCUUGUCACUCUAUGAACUCUGAAUUUGCAACUGAAGCUGAGGGUCAGAGUGAUGCUAUGGAGGAACCUAACAAGUUCCAGAAAAGGAAGAGGGACAGGCUUCGAGACCAGGGCUCAACAAUGAUCUACCUAAAGGCCAUCCAGGGCAUCCUGGGGAAGUCAAUGCCCAAGAGGAAGGGAGAAGCUGCCACCACUCGGGUGAAGACAAGCUUGGGAGAGUAUCCAAGCAGGGAAGGACCAACCAGGAAUGUGGAAGGACCAUCCAGAAGCAGGGAAGGACCCUCGGUCAGGAGUGGGGAAGGACUAGCCAGAAGCAAUGAAGGACCUGCCAAGGGCAUUGAAGGACCUGCCAGGAGUAUUGAAGGACUGGCCAGGAGUGUGGAAGGACCAGCUAGGAGCCGGGAAGAACUGGUUAAGAGUGUUGAAGGACCAGGUGAAAAGGUUACAGUUACUGUACCUCAGAAGGAAGAGUCACCUACAAAGGUCAGGGUGAAGAAGAAGGAAGAGUCUAUGCUAGACAGGAGUAGCUUCUGUAACAGAAGAGUGAUUAUAGACUCUGUGAAGAAAUCUAGUGAGGAGCUGCUUGGUGACCAAAGGACAGUCAUUGACAAACCCUCUCCAGUCCUAGAAUUUUUUGAUAACUCUGACUCUCAUGCAGAUAUUCAAAAGCACACAGACAGAGAGGUGGUGAUUGAGCAUCCCUCUUCAGGGAGUGACUGGUCAGAUGUGGAUGAGCUGGCCACUGUGAGGUUUUCCCAAGAGGAGCCUGUCUUGCUGAAACACUCAGCAGUUCCAGAAUCUUCUUCCUUCCCCACUGACUAUGUUAUGUACCCUCCUCAUCUGUAUAGUAGUCCAUGGUGUGACUAUGCCAGCUACUGGACUAGCAGCCAUAAGACUCCUGGUUAUCCAUUGGUGGGAUCCAGCAGCCAUGACUCAGCACAGACUGGGAAGAGCAGCCAGGACCUUUUGAGUGUUCAUUCCUCUAAGUCCACAGUGAAUACCCAGAGUAUCUCCAAAGACCUGGACAUUGCCCAGGAAAGCAGGUCCCAGAAUUCCCAUUCACUUCAAUUCUCCAGAAGCACAGAGGAGAAGGAGGAGGUAAAGGGGAAAAGGACAUUCCGAGAGGAGACACCACCUCGCUACACCAGAGAACAUACAUGCAGCUCCUUGCCAAGGAGCCACCGGGAGAUGAACCUGGAGGAGGGCUUUAUUGAUACCCACUGUCACCUGGACAUGCUUUACUCCAAGCUGUCUUUCAAGGGGACCUUUACGAAGUUCAGAAGAAUUUAUAGCACUUCCUUCCCUAAGGAGUUUCAGGGCUGCAUCUCUGACUUCUGUGAUCCAAGGACACUGACUGAUGGCCUAUGGGAGGAACUCCUGAAGGAAGAUCUGGUUUGGGGAGCCUUUGGCUGUCACCCUCAUUUUGCACGCUACUAUAAUGAGAAUCAAGAAAGAAAGCUUUUGCAUGCCUUACGGCACCCCAAGGCUGUGGCAUUUGGAGAGAUGGGCCUGGACUACUCUCACAAGUGUACCACACCAGUUCCUGAACAGCACCAGGUUUUUGAGAGGCAGCUGAAGCUGGCUGUGUCUCUGAAGAAGCCCUUGGUCAUCCACUGCCGUGAAGCUGAUGAAGAUCUGUUGGACAUCAUGAAAAAAUUUGUGCCCUCUGACUACAAGAUCCAUAGGCACUGCUUCACUGGCAGCUACUCAGUCAUUGAACCUUUGUUGAAGUACUUCCCUAACAUGUCGGUGGGCUUCACAGCAGUACUGACCUACUCCUCUGCCUGGGAGGCCCGGGAUGCCCUUAGACAGAUCCCAUUGGAGAGGAUCAUUGUGGAAACAGACGCACCCUACUUCCUCCCUCGCCAGGUGCCGAGGAGUCUUUGCCAGUACGCCCAUCCAGGCCUGGCCUUGCAUACAGUUCGAGAGAUUGCCAGGGUCAAAGAGGAGUCACUGUCCCAUACUCUGGCGGUCCUCCGGGAGAACACCAGUCGCCUCUACAGUCUUUGAACAGGGAGCAGGCAUCUUCUGGCAAAGGAUGACCAGUGCUGCCUGAUAGUUUAGGAUGGGCUCCAUCUGCCUAUCCAAGGUGAAGGAUAUGUUGGAGAUCCUGUCAAAACUGAGCAAACCAGGAUGGGAUGUUACCCUUGGAACCUAAUCACAAGGCUUCACCUGCUGUUUGGUGGAUGGGUACUGUGGAAUGGGUUGGGGAGAGGGGUAGUUUUGCCUGCUGGCGACACGGCCCCAGGGUAAUCAGUGAGCAAAACAUUUGUGACAUAAAUACAAUGAGUUGGCCAGUCUGGAUACCUGCCCAGUGGCCUGGGUUUCCCAGCAGUCUGAAUAAAGUCACUUCUUUGUCUUA